GAAAGUGAGGAGAGAAGUUGUGUUUAGACUCUCCGGAGCGCUUUUAUUUACUUGUUAUCCGCUCUAUAACACAGUUACAGUGCUAUUGUACUGUAUAGUGCUCUAAACCGCAGCGUUCAGUUCAGUUUUACUGCGGAACCUCUGAAGAGGCAGUUCAGCCGGACUGUGGAGUAAAGGCGCUUCUCCGCGGACUGAGAGCUGCUGCUGCUGCUGAGUUUCCUCGCGCCUGUCUGCAGCAGCUCGGCCGGACCUCGCGUGUGAGUUGAACACGGAGAGUGUUCUGAUCUUCCCGUCGCUCGUGCACUGCGUCGUCUCCCGCUGUGAGUGCUGGGGACUGCUGCGUUCUGACCGGGAGCACCGCGAACCGCGAGUCUGUUGUCAUGGCUACUGAGGACGCCAUGUCCGCGAGCUCUGUGUGAACCAAAUGAAAAUAUUCUCCUGAAAUUCAUCACCAACAACCAAGAUAUUUAUCAAAGAUCAAAGUUAAACUGCUGAAAGAGAUGAAGCACAAGCCGUCCUGAAGAAUCUCCAGAACACGCAGAAAUUGUUUGAUACAUUUAACAGACAAAUAAAGCCAAGUCCCGACAUGGAGAAACAUCAGCACUCUUUCAAGAGUUUUACCAAACAGAGUGAUCUCAAAAAACACCAGCGCAUUCACACAGGAGAGAAACAGUAUCACUGCUCAGACUGUGGGAAGAGUUUUACUGAACAAAUUGAUCUCAAAAUACAUCAGCGCAUUCACACAGGAGAGAAACCGUAUUACUGCUCAGACUGUGGGAAGAGUUUUACUCAACAGAGUGAUCUCAAAAUACACCAGCGCAUUCACACAGGAGAGAAACCAUAUCACUGCUCAGACUGUGGGAAGAGUUUUACUCAACAGAGUAAUCUCAAAAUACACCAGCGCAUUCACACAGGAGAGAAACCAUAUUACUGCUCAGACUGUGGGAACAGUUUUAAUCAACAUAGUCAUCUAAAACUGCACCAGCGCAUUCACACAGGAGAGAAACCGUAUUACUGCUCAGAAUGUGGGAAGAGUUUUAGUAGACUAGGGAAUCUAAAACUGCAUCAGCGCAUUCACACAGGAGAGAAACCGUAUUACUGCUCAGACUGUGGAAAGAGUUUUAAUAAACAGAGUAAUCUCAAAAUACACCAGCGCAUUCACACAGGAGAGAAACCGUAUUACUGCUCAUACUGUGGAAAGAGUUUUAAUAAACAGAGUAAUCUCAAAAUACACCAGCGCAUUCACACAGGAGAGAAACCCUAUCACUGCUCAGACUGUGGGAAGAGUUUUACUCGACAGAGUGAUCUCAAAAUACACCAGCGCAUUCACACUGGAGAGAAGCCGUAUCACUGCUCAGACUGUGGGAAGAGUUUUACUGAACAGGGUACUCUCAAAAAACACCAGCGCAUUCACACAGGAAAGAAAACUAUCCCAAAUUUGUCCCACGGCAAUUAAAAGUGUGAAUCGUAAAUUUUUCGGACAGAACACCUUAUUCUACACAAAUGUUUCACUUUGUCACUUGGGACACAUUCCACCAGAAACAAACAUGAACUGAAUUUAACAAUGGAUUUUACAGGUUCAGCAAAAUGAAUUUUAUCCAGGGAUGAUAUUUGUUAAAUUCCAUGUUAUGUUUUCUCGUAUUUUUGAUAUUCCAGGACAUCUUCAAGAGUUUUUAGGGUAGUUACCAUAGUUCAGUUCUGAAGAAGGGAAAAAACUUAAAAAUUUAGAUGUCAUAUUUGUUAGUGGUUAGAAUUAUUAGCUUUGAAUGCUUUGAAUGUUCGAUUAUUUCUAUUCAUUUCUAGAAUCUUUGUUUUCACUCUGUGGAAGCCGUCCUCAGUUCCCCAAGCUUAGCAUAGCUUAGCUUAAUGCUAUUAACCGCUAGGCCCAUCUGUAUGAAAGAAGAAGUGAAAAAACACCACCUGAGGAACUCCAGAGAGUGCUCCCAAAAGUGAGACCCAGAGCCACAGAGAGACGACACUGGGCUCGGGUACCACCAUGUGGACCGGAGGAGCAUCCAGACCCCGCAGAGAGGCCAACAAAAUCCUUUUCAGAGGUAAAAAAAAAAAAAAACGCUCCUGCUGUAGUUCCCAUACUGAAAUCAACCCACUCCAGACUUGUGCAGCGCUGUAAGGUUGCAGGCUCAUUCAUUCCCUCUGCUGCUGUUCUCGUUUGUCUAUGGUUCGGUCUGAUUAAAAAUCUGUUACCAUAGAGGGACAUUUGGUUGUUGUAUUACUCAAGUUUAUCUUUUCUUAUUGGGUAUUAUAUGUUGCUGAAGGUUGUUUAAUCGCCAAAUUCGCUAAGAAUAUCCAAAUCAUGUAGUUUCUUAAUUGUUUUUUUCCACUAUAAACUGUUAUCUUUGUAUUGCUUCACUUCUAUUUUUACUCAUCUGUGUGUUUAAAUAAACGGCUUUUAUAUUGCA